CUUAGAUCUAGACAUCUUUAGGAAGAAAAGAAAAGUCUUUUGGACGUCUUGGUAAGGGAAGUCGCCUUCAAGGGUGUUGAAUUAGAUCUUGAUUCUAGAUAUCUAUAUCAAGAAAAGAUCUAAUAUUGUUAUUCUUAACAAUUUGGUAGCGUAAGACCGUAAGGUCAUCGCUAAAUAUUAUUGACAAAAUGGAACCAUAUUCGGAUUUUGAAAGUGACAGUAACUUUGUUGAUUUUUUACAAUUUGAAGAUGAUGAAAACAUGGAAGACAUGAGUUCUAUAACUCAAGUUUGUGUUGAUGAAGACCCAGAAGAAGAUACUGACGAUAAAACAAAUAGAUCUAGAUCUAUAACUAGAUCUAAAAGCGAAGGGGAUAUAUCAUUUGAGUCAGAUGGCUCCAAGAAAACUUCAGAAAUCAAUGACAGAGCAACUAGAUCUAGAUCUAUGAAAUCUAAUGCUUCAAAUUCGAAUUUUAUUAUUGAAAAUGACAUCGAUGAAAUAAAUGAUAAUGAUCACGAUGGUUACAUUCAUCAUACUAUCUCAGAGGAUGAAAUCCUUAUGCAAAUCAAUCCUGGUAGCAGCAAGAUGCCAUCCAACCCAUCCCAUGCUACACUAACUAUUGAAAGCCAGAAUCCCAGAACCAAAGCUAAAGAAGUCACCAGGUUCAAGUGCACAUUUUCUGGAUGUGCUAGAACAUACAGUACACCUGGCAAUUUGAAAACUCAUGAAAAAACACAUCGGGGGGAGUAUACCUUUGUAUGCAGUGAGAUGGGCUGUGGUAAGAGAUUUUUGACUUCAUACUCACUGAAGAUUCAUGUCCGGGUCCACACAAAUGAGAAACCAUAUGAAUGUGAUAAACCAGGCUGUGAGAAAUCUUUCAAUACAAUUUACAGAUUGCGAGCUCAUGAAAGGCUUCACACAGGUGAAACAUUUAAAUGUGGCUCAGAUGGUUGCACCAAAUACUUCACCACUUUGAGUGAUCUCAGAAAACACAUUCGAACUCACACUGGGGAGAAACCAUUUAUAUGUAAUGAAAAUGGUUGUGGAAAGGCUUUUGCAGCAAGUCAUCAUUUAAAGUCUCAUAACAGAAUUCAUACAGGAGACAAACCCUAUGAAUGUACACAAGAUGGUUGCUGCAAAGCAUUUACUUCUGUCUAUAGCUUAAAGUCUCAUGUUUCUAAACAUGGCAAGGAAUCAGAGAAAGGUUCUCAGCUCAGCAGUACUAAAGGCUGUUCUGGUGGUUGCCAUGAUGACAGCUGUGAAAACAUGUCUACACUACAGAAUGUGAUACUAGUCAAUCCCAACCCUGGCUUAGAGCCAGUCAAAAAUGAACCUGAAGAUAUUCCUCUGAGUGUAGAGCAGGUGAUAAAAUCCAUGUAUUCAAAUCAGAUUGUCAGUGAAAACUACUCUCAAGAAAUAACCUCUGGAGAAGACAGUGUCUCUUCAGGAAUGGUACAAGAGAUUUUAAGACCUGUGAUAUCUUUAGGGACUUCUCCACAACAAACUUCAGUUUGUCUUGACAUGUCCAAUCAAUCUGUAGCCAUGCUCCCAUCAACAUUGCAAGUUGGUGCAGUCAACAGUUUGGUGCAGACACCCCAGGUGGGAAUACUGCAGUCCAAGCCUGGGGAACAAGGAACUGUGUCGCCAAAUGUCCAUCUGGUUGGUGCAGUGAAUGCAAAUGAGGCUGCAGACACAUUGCUUACUCUUCCAGCUGGCAUUUCUGACCUUAACAUGCUGACAUCUGAGCUAGUCAAGUCUCUACUAGGAAACAACACAGUCAUGGUACAAAGUGGAGAUGGGGGCCUUGUGCAGAUACCUACAUCUGUCUUGCUGCGGAAUGACUCUGUUUCUUCAUUGGCCCCAUGCUCAGCUGCAUGUGCAAUGUUGGACCAUUCCAGUCUUACUGCAAGUCAUUCUAUGGCAGCUAAUAGUGGUACCUUAGGCUCCAUGCCUGGUCUAGGGAUGGUCACCUCACAGAACCCUAGCACAGAGACAUCUGUUUUGCUACCAACCACACCUGCAUAUUCUGUUGCUCAUGUGUUACCCACCCUUCAAUCAGGCCCUAUUCAGACAGUUGCAGACCUGGUCACAUUGAAGGGGCUUCCUUCUCAAGGAGUGCCAUCAAUACAGUUGAACAGCCAGCCGAAUGUAUCAUUUAGCUUCAACAGUGAUAACUUAGAUCAAAGCUGUGGUGCGUCUUUCUCAUCUCUGACAUUGAUGGACCCAGCGGCAUGCUCUGCCGUGCCCAGCAUGGAUGAGGCCAGCACUUCUGUGUCGCUGAACCUCACAGAUAACUCAGUGCCCCCUGUCAUUCUGAAGUGUCCACCAGUGGCACACACUCAUGUUGCCUCCUCUGGAGCAGCCUGCCCUAAGUCAUGUACACCCUCACCCUCCCUGGCUAAUUCAGCUGCUGUUUCUGGACUUGCCCUGGCACCUGACGGAACACUUAUCUCAGCCAUACAAAAAGGAAUUCCAAUAUCUAUGUUAACAGGGACAUAUCCUGAUAGCAUUGUGCUGAAUCAAGUGUUUGUUCCUAUUUAUAGCAACACAGACAAGGGACCUAUUAUUGAGCUUGUUCCAAUCAAAACAAAUACUUAAGGUUUACAUCUCAAAAUUCAAACAAGCAAUAUCUAUGUUUAAAUUAUUUUAUCUUUGCUACUGAACUGGAGUUUAUUAAUCCUAGAAAGAUAGAAUGGGGAAUGUUACACUAAAACAUGAUUAGCACUAUCACUUGUUGGAUUAAUUCAUCUUUAUAAACAAUUGCUCAGCAGAAUAUUUCUUUCUUUAUAGGCAAUACUUUUGUUACAUUUUGUGUGUAUGUAUUGUCAGUCUUUUCUUAGAUCACUAGAAGGAUGAUUUGAUAUUUCUUUGAAUUCUGUGCUUUAGAGCUGAAUGGUUGGGGUUUUAAUGUUGCAAUAGCCUGUACAAAUAUAUUAUUAUUGAGAGCAAAUGCGGUUAGUUUUCAUAAGAGUGUAGUGUAGGAGUUGCUUCACAGUAAAUGUUCCAAUGAGGAUUUCUUUGACUGUGAUUUCCAUACAUUGGUUAGGCACUAUCGUUUCAGGAUUCUAUAAGCAUCAAUUUUUUUUUACUUCUAUCUAUGAACCAGGUUGGACACUCUCCACAUUACAGUAAGUCUUGAACUGGAGACCAAAAUAAUAAAAUUUUUUUUUGAGUUUUCAUUAUGCAUUGAACAGCAUUCAAAUGAUACAAAAAAACUGGACACUGACAUAUAUGUAUUACUAGCCAUAUGUUACCCGGGGCCUGCGGGUCUCAAUAUGCGCGUUACUAAUAUAGUACAUUAGAAUAGUUUGUGGGAAGCGUGGUCGAGUGGCUGAGUACGCUUGAACUUGGCUUGGCUACCUAUGAAGGGGGCUCGAGGCUCGACACCCAACUUGAGUUGAGCUGUGUUUAAUAAGCACCUAAAGGCAGCACGGAAACAAAUGUGAAUGGACCAUAGCACUCUGAGCAUUCUUUUACCUUUUUUACCUUUACCUAUCCCUUAGUCUGUUGGACCGUUGGGGCACCAGGCAAGAUUUGUCGACCGUCUUUCUCCAUUCCUCCCUUUUUUUUGCCUUGAUCAGAACCUCUCUCAAUGGCAGGCCUGUCCAUUCUUUAAUGUUGUCCUCCCAUCGCUUUUUCUGUCUGCCUCUUCUUCUUUUUUUUUUUUGGCACUGUUCCCUGAAGAAAGGUCUUUGCGAGCCCCGUAGAUCUUGUAAUGUGGCCAAAGGUUUUAAGCUUUCGUUUUUUCACAAUAGUAAGCAGGUCGUCAUGAGCUCCGAUCGCUACAGUAACCCUGUCUCUGAUUUCUUGGUUUGUGACUGAGCAUUCUAUAUGCAUUAAAGUAGCGUUAUUUAAAAGCUAUAAUAAUAAUUACAAACUAUUAAACAAAAUAAUCUUAUAAGUUAAGCGAAUGCGUGAAUGUAAAAAUAGUAUGAACAGUGCUAUUAAAAUAGCUAAUCGACUUAAUCCAUUUUGUUACAAAAAUAUUUGCUUGCAUAUAUUAUAUAUUGAGAUCUAGAUCUAGAGUCUAAUAUAGUUUUUGACCUAGAUUAAGCUUAGAUUCCUUUGUUUAAAUUAAGUAAAAUACAUCUACUUUCACUAAACAUUUUUGAUCUAUCAUGUUAAGGUUGAAUUUAAGGUUCAAUAAGCUUAUUAAUUAUUUUAUGUUAGUACAUUUAUUAUCACCCAUAUAGAGCCUCAAUUGCCUGUCCAAUCACAGCAUGUUUUCACUGGGCAUAGGAAUAGAGAGAUGUGUAACAUUUCAGUCUUGUCUAAUGAAAGAAUGUAUGUCAGGACUUCGCAGAUAUUAGGAACAAAUUUAUGUAAAAAUGCUUUUGAAAGACAAAUUUGAAGCUUAAUUUUAUUAAUAAAGAAAUCAAUAGACUAUAUUUUGUAAUUUUAUUUGUGUCAAAGUAAAAAACUAUUUGUGCAAAGUGUAGUUUUAAAAAUUAGAUCUAGAUCCUUUCGAUCUUCUGUCAUGUAACCAUGAUAAACAUGGCCUAGAUUUAUUAAAUACUAAUAGCUGAAUAGAGUUGGGCAACUUUUUUUUUUUGAGGGUCUUAAGUUUGUUUUAGGGCUACAAUACAUACACUACGGUCUAAGUUAGCACCCAAGGAACAAUUCUGCCAAGUUUUAUCAAGACUGGUGAAACGGUUUUGAUUUCUAUUCGGGACAUACAUACGCCUUAUAUUCUACUUUAUAGUAUAGAUUGUUUCUACUUGAAUUGCUUUAUGAUUUACUUGACAUUUCAAGUUGAUGAAAUUUAACAAAAUGCUAUUAGUUACCAAUAUGUAGUAAAAUGGUUAUUUUCUCAUGUUUUUUUUUUAAAAGAAAUAGUUGGUUCUUCUUUAUUAUCUUAUCUUAGUUGAUAUCAACUCUUAUUAAAUAUUGUAAGUUACAAAAACUUAGUAAGUUGUGUAAUUCAUAUUGGGACAUAACUUAUAAGAAAGUGUCUACUUUAGAAAUAUGUUUUUUUUUUGUUUGGUCUGAGUUUGUUUGUAUUAGUGGCCCAAUGUCCUAAAGCUGUGAUAAAACAACUGAAUCCAUUGACCAGGCUAGAAUGAAACAAGUGAGAUUACAAGAGCUUCAAUGUAUUUUACACAAAUGCUUUUGUUCACUUUAAGUUUCCUAGUGUUUUGAUAUACCAUUAUAAAUACUUCAAGUUCUAGAUGAUUUGUACAAGAAUUUCAAUGCUAUUGUAGUGAUAUUGACAAUGUAGUAUUAAUCAUUUCCUUCAUUAAAGAUUUGAAUUUUGUUUGUUCUCUAUCAAUGUUUAGGUAUCUAAUUUUAAAAUGUCAUCAAAUAUUGGUUAGCACCAUUAUCAACACCAUGUGUACACUACAUGCAUUUCAAAAUGACAGUAUUGUAUCUGGACUAAUUAAUUUUAAAUGUUCAGCUGAACCUCUCAUUUCUCUCAGUACUUGGAGUCAUACAAAACAUUAUUUUGCAAUGCUCCAUGUCUUGAGUAAAAACAUAGGUGAGCAUGUGUUAUUGUUGAAAGUACUGGCUGGCCAUAAGUGUUAUUCAUUGAAAAUGUCGACACAUUUGUUUCAUAACUUUGUCUGUCCUCUUUAUUAACCAAUGCACAUAGAUCAAGGAAAAGUGGAUCAUUUAGUUGUUUGAUGACUAAAUGUGAGCAUACAAACAUGUUGAAGUUUUUUGAAGGCUACAGAUGUUUUAAAGUUGGGUUGUUUUUUUUAGCAGAAAAUGUUGUUUGAGAAAUGUUAUUCACUUUAGAAAUACAUUGAAGAGUUUAUAGUAACUCAGUGUCUAGAUAUGUAUUGGUAUGUUUGUGUUUUCAAUACUAGAUCAUGCUGUGUAUCUGUUUGUAUAUAACCAUUUCCAUUUGUGAUACAGUCAUGUCUGCUGUACAUAUAAUAUAAAAUACUAAAUUAACUUGUAUAUAAAUCAUUUUUUUCUGCCAUACAGUGAAGUUCAAGUCCCACUAGCUUUCCCCCUUCUUUCUACUAAGUGUACAUAGGUCAUGCACAUUUGUGAUAUUGGUUUAUGAGAGGGAGAACUAUUUAUGUUGUGAGUGUGUAAAAUCUGAUGUAAAUAUAUAUAUUAGAAACAAAACAAUGAAUUUAUUGCUAGAGGCCCACUAGGAUGGUUGUUGCUGUUGAAUACUGAAGGACAAAAUGGUCAUCUACCAAGUGCCUUUUUUUUUCAUGUAGAACUCAGACAAUUAAUUCUGCCACUUUGUACUAAUGAAAUCAUUUUCAAUUUGAAGGAAAGUAGCAGUUGAUUGAGACAGUUGGAGCUAAGCCUCCUUCCUUUUCUCAUAUCCAUCCACUAAAUGUAACAACUACAUGAUCUAGGUAUCCUUUGGGCAGAGGAUGUGCUGUGAACAAUUUCUUGUAAUAGGUUUCAACAAAAUCACCUACUACUUUGUCCUCAGCAUAUGGCCUAUUCCCAUUGAAAUGAUUAGCUUAUCCAGAAAUCAUCCUUAAAAAUAUGCUAAACCCAUAGAUGGAAAAAAAAACACAACCUUACCAGGUUUUUAAUUUGAACUAGUCAAUAAUACACUCAAAUACUUGGAAAGGGAGGGGGGUGGCUGAUUGGUAACGCUAUUGGGCUCCAAACCAAAGUGUAAAAAAAAGUAUAGUACCCUUUUCAGACCUUGUGACCUAUAGGGCUGAUUAUGUAAAAGUCAUCUGUAUCUAUGACCAACAGUUGAUGAGGGUGUCAUGUAGCCGGCACAGUGAUCAAACUGAGGGGUAUUGGGUUUGAAUCUUGGUGAAGAUUAGGAUUUUGAAUUAUGGGAAUUUUGGACACCCCUGAGUCCACCCAACUUAGAUGAGUACCUGACAUUAGUUGGGGAAAGUAAUGUGGUUGGUCAUUGUGCUUGCCACAUGACACCCUCAUUAACUGAUGUCUUUUUUUUUUCUGCUAGCUAUGUAACAUUCAUAAUGACAUCUCUGCUCAAUCUGAGGCUGGUACUCAUUUUGAGCAGGCUUAACUUAUUCAAGGCCUACUAGACCAAUGAAAAAUCUAAUUUCUUCUAGAAAUUAUCUAAGAAUGUUUCUUUACCAUUGAGUCAUCUUAUAACUGUACAAAUCUGACUUAUCUGAUUCUCUAAAGCAGUUGUAUUAUUUGAUUUGACUUGAAACUGGUUUCUAUUAUUUCUCAGUCAUUAUGUCUCACAUCUAUUCUGCCAUUGUUUUCUUCUGUCACCAUUCCACUAGUUUUCAUACAAACUUUCUUGAAUAGGAUUAGCAUUGACUUCAUCAUUCAACUUGUGCUUUUGAUCAAUCUACACCUUGUAAACAUUUAAUAAUAAGAAUGUUCUUUAUAAAGUAUCAUAUUUGUCAAAGCUCAUAUUUUGUAACUUAAAUCGUAUGACUUGCUUUAUCCACAACCAAUUGUUGUCCUUUAGUGGCACCAUUUUUUUGUUAGUUAUUUUUCCACUAUUUACCCCAACAUACUUAUAAACCAACUGUACUAUGGACUCCCUGUACUGUGGACUCCUUGUAUUGUAUGAACAAAGAAACAAUGCAGGCCAGUAAUCCAUCGACAUUUUAUCCAUCUAUUUCAUCUGAUGCUUUGUUGUGUAAAAUGAAUCAAAGACUUGUGUGCCAAUAUUCUCAUGCACUAUGUUCAUAGUUUGAUGUACUCUUGUUACUAUUUAUUCACACAUUAAUAAUAAACUAAUUUUUAUGGUG